AUGAGAGAACCAAGUGAAAAUGUCGCUUUCCCCCCACUUUACAAUAAUCAAUUUGGAUUAUUAUUUGGACGUUCUGAAAGUAUUAAUUUGGCGGCUUCUACCUCUGUAAUUGAAGGACUUCCUGAUGAACAGAGAUCAUCUCCAGUACGACGUACAUUUCUGCUUGCUGUUCUUUUCGACAUUAUUUUAAGUUUCAUUUUGUGGAUUAUAUAUACUAAAGAAACGUAUCCCGGUGAGAUUGGUCAUGCAAUGCUGGAAGAAAUUACCAAGUAUUCUUUCUCUAAAUCACUUUUUGAUACAGUUAUGUUAUCAGCUUUCCGAUUUAUUCUUAUGGAAAUAGUUUAUGGAGUAAUUCAAUGUCGGAAACCUUGGUGGUCAGCUAUCUCUACUGGCCUAACAAGUUUAAUUCUGGUCGUUAAAUGUUUCAUUUUUGAUUUUCAUCAAAGGACUCCAGAUAAUCAGGGUCUAGCGUAUGCUGUUUUAAUCGCAUCAUUAGUUAUUUCAUGGAUUGAAACAACCUUCCUAAUUUAUCGCGUUAUUCCUCAAGAAAAAGCUGCUGAUCGUGUAAAAACAUGUUUAAAAGAGCAAGAUGAAACUAGAAGUUUGUUAAGCUCACAAUUAGGUAACCGUAUUCCUUGGUAUUCUGGUCUUUCUGUACGAUCUAUGAGCAAUGCAGAUUUUUAUACACCACAAGGUUCAAUAUUGGGUGAUGAAUCACCUGUGAAACUUACCACAUCUCAUAAUCUUGAAGCUGCUGUCGAUGUAGCUGCUUUGUUACAUCGCACUAAUUCUUUACAAACACAAAUGUGGAAUUUAUAUGAACAUGAAAUUUGGGGGGAUAGUUCACCUUCUAUCAAUGUCAAAUAUCCGCUUCGAUCUGAAAUGUUGCCUGGUUAUCCUGCUAAAGUUUAUCGUUUAGAGGUUCUAUUAUCUAUUUCACCACUUCGUCUAUUUAAUGAUAUGGUUAUCAAUGUCCAUGAAACACCUAGUUGGAAUCAAACUCUAUCAUCUGUUGAGUGUAUUCAAACUUUAGCUUCAGAAAAUAUUGAUAUUAUUUAUAAUAUAGCUAAAGAGUCUGUUGGAGGACUAAUAUCCGCCAGGGAUUUUGUUCUGUUGAGAUCAUGGGGAUUACAUAAUAACUGUUAUUUUAUAUGUUGUACUUCUGUUGAGCAUCCUAAAUGUCCACCAAUUACAAAUUAUGUACGUGCUGAACAAGUGAUUAGUGCAUGUAUAUUUCGACCAAUUCCUAAUUGUCCAAAUCAAUGCAAUUUAGUAUGGUUUUUAUGCAGUGACUUAAAGCUGUCACUCCCUCAUCGAUUGGUAGAUAGAGCAUUAAGUUCUCUUCUACCAUCAAUGAUAACUGGUUUGAUUGAUAGAUCCAAAUUCAUAGAAAAUAAUCCUGUUGAUGACUUUUUUGUUGAUAUUCAACCGCGCCAUGUACGCAGAAAGAAAAAACAUAGUAAACGUUCAGGCAAAAAGCAUCGUAUUCCUCCGCACACCUUAACAAAAGCAUUAGAAUCGGUACAAGAAAAUAUCAGUCAUUCAUCUGAUGACAGUAGUGCUGCUGUUGUUGACAAUAAUUUACAAUCAGAAACUCAAACGCUCAUCUAA